AGAGUUGUUGCAGCGGUCGCUGAGGAAGGAUGACAGAGCCGAAGCCCGCUGUCUGGGGAGAAGACAUUGGUCUCACCCCAUCUGGAAUGAAGGGAAAUGCCUUGGCUGUUUGCACUCCGGGUCCCGGAGAAGUACAGCAGAUGGUGCGGGAACAGUACACAACCACCACAGAAGGCACCCCCAUAGAGAGGCCCGAGAACCAGUGUGUCUACAAAAUUGGCAUUUAUGGCUGGAGAAAGCGUUGCCUCUACUUAUUCGUUCUUCUCUUACUCAUCAUCCUUGUUGUGAAUCUUGCUCUUACGAUUUGGAUUCUUAGAGUGAUGUGGUUUUCUCCAAUAGGAAUGGGUCAUUUGCAUGUAACAAAUGAUGGACUUCGCCUGGAAGGAGAAUCAGAAUUUUUAUUACCAUUAUAUGCCAAAGAAAUACGCUCCAGAGUGGACUCAUCUCUGCUUCUGCAGUCAACUCAGAAUGUUACCGUCAAUGCACGCAACUCAGAAGGGGAGGUCACAGGCAGGUUGAAAGUGGGUCCUAAAAUGGUAGAAGUCCAGAGUCAGCAGUUUCAGAUCAACUCCAAAGAUGGAAAGCCACUUUUUACUGUUGAUGAAAAGGAAGUUGUGGUUGGCACAGAUAAACUUCGGGUGACUGGGCCUGAAGGAGCUCUUUUUGAACACUCGGUGGAGACACCCCUUGUCAGAGCCGACCCAUUUGAAGACCUUAGGUUAGAAUCCCCCACACGGAGUCUGAGCGUGGAUGCCCCGAGGGGGGUUCAUAUUAAAGCUCAUGCUGGGAAAAUCGAGGCACUUUCUCAAAUGGACAUCAUUUUUCAGAGCAGUGAUGGAAUGCUGGUGCUUGAUACUGAAACCAUUUGUCUACCCAAGCUGGUACAGGGGACUUGGGGUCCCUCUGGUGGCUCGGAGGGACUCUAUGAAAUCUGUGUGUGUCCGGAUGGGAAGCUAUACCUGUCUGUGGCUGGUGUGGAUACCACAUGCCAGGAACACAGCCACGUCUGUCUCUGAACCACUGCCU